CGCCGAGUGUGGGGAUCUCUUCUCGACAAUGGUCAAAUGGUCAACCUUCAGAAGGAAUGGCUCGUCGUCUUUUUCGCCCUCCGCUCUUCGCUCCCCUCCCUCGCUUUAUUUGUAUUGAAUUCUGGCAGAGUUGCCAAUCCCUUAUUACCAGGUCGCGGGAGCAGGUCGCGGGAGCAGGUCCCGCCCCUCCAUCCCCUCCCUCGCCUUCCGCCCUCCCGAUCCUCCGUCAUCGCCAGAGACUGUGGGGGGGUUCAUUUGUAUAAAUAAGAGCACACACUAGUUUGGUUUAGCAAUCCGGGCGCAGAUUUACUAAAUGAACGUGGGGUUCGGCUGGACCAGCUCUUGCGGGAAACCCCAGCCAUCCGUUUUCCUUUUUUUUUAUGCCGGGAAAUCCAUCCA